AGCCCCAGGAGCCCUAUGUGUUUUGGUCAGGAGGCCCAGACAGCCAUGCGUAGCGCGGUGAUGUUACGUUACUCUCUCCUGCCGUUCCUCUACACACUCUUCUACCACGCACACACCUCCGCAGACACUGUGGCCACGCCUCUCUUCCUCCAGUUCCCCUCGGACCCUAACUGCCAGACCAUAGACAGACAGUUCCUGUGGGGGAGUUCUCUGCUUGUCAGCCCAGUGUUAGAGCAGGGGGCAGUGGAGCUGGCUGCCUACCUCCCCCCGGGGACUUGGUACAGUCUGCACAAUGGCCAGCCGUUCUACAGUAAGGGUCAGUACCUGCUCCUCCCAGCGCCUCUGGACACCAUCAAUGUCCAUGUGAGAGAGGGACACAUCAUCCCACAGCAGGAGCCAGGCCUGACUACCUCAGCUUCUCGCAGUAACCCUUUCCUCCUGACGGUGGCGCUGUCUGCUGGGGGCUGGGCCUGGGGUGACCUGUUCUGGGACGACGGGGACAGUCUGGACACCUUCCAGAGAGGAGACUACUCCUAUGUUAUCUUCAUCGCUGGACAGUCCCAGGUGAUGAGUGACCCCCUGCGUCAGAACGGGGCGCUGGACGGGCUGGUGCUGGGAGGGCUGCGAGUGUUCGGGGUGCCUUCCCCACCCCGCUAUGUAUGGGCCAAUGGAAAGAAAGUGUGGGAUUUCUCUUAUCAGACUGACACCAAGGUUCUGACACUGACCAGCCUGGCCCUGCCCAUGUCAGAGGUGUUUGAAGUCCUGUGGACCUUGUGAGCUUUAUGAACUGUAUGACUCAGUGGACUCUGGCCCAGUAGACAGCUUCUCAGGUGGUUCUAGAACUCCUGAACUAGCACAUCUCUGACAAAAACCUCCACUCAAAGUUUCCCCUCAAUCACUGCUACCCUGGAUAAGACAUUGCUCUAAUAGACUCCUGGGUUUCUGAAUGGACAGACUACACUGAAGAAUUUUUGGAAAUCAUGUUUUUAUAUUCAACUGUAUUUUCAAUAAAAUGAUGUGAACUGUGUGGGUUAAAGCUCCAUCAGAUAUCUCUCCAUUUCCUUGUUGUUGCAGAUGAGUGAUUACAUGACAUUGUCUCAGGUGAGAUUCUGAGACAGUGGUGUGAAUUUGAGAAUUGUGGUCAUUCUAGAACACUAGGCCAAAAUGUAUUGUUGUUUUACUAUUUUAAUUUGUCUAUAAGAAUAUAUAAAUAUUUUUAAAAUAUAUUUCUAACCUUUUAUUUUAUUUGUUAAGCACUUUUGAAAUGCAUCACCUGUAAGAAAUGUUCUCUAUAAAUAGCAUUUGAUUAAUUGAUAAAUAUUGUGCUGAGGAGGACAGCAGUGGCUCUACACAAUUAUUUUUAUUAAUUGAACAUUAAAAUUGACCAGAAUAUGCCCAUUCUGUACUCUUCUAGUAUGAUGGUAGGCUCUGUGUUAAGUCUCAUCAAAUUACUUCCAGUGAUAUUGCCACAUUGUUACCAUUAAAGGCAAUUGAUAGCUC